AUGGGCUGCUCACAGUCUUCUGGGUCUACUGAGGCCAUUCGCCAGCACUCCUUCCCCAAGACCGACAACGUAAAGAGCGCGCUUCAAGUCCGAGACAAGGUUAUGAUGGAGUGUGAAGAGCCGCCAUCAAUGAAAGACUUUGACUCUUGGGGGCAUGUGAUGGACGAAGACGACAUUAAGGCGCUAGAGAGCGGAAAGAGCCUGCCGAUUAACCGCACGGCCCACCAACAGAUUUCGAAACAGACUCGGAGUGCCUUGAAACAGCUGACUGAUGAUCCGGAAGCGCUGAAACGCCUCGUCAAGAAGCACCGGAUGGCUGGAAACGGCGACAUCUCGGCUUUUGUAAGUCACCAGGCGACGAAUCCGUCAUCGGUUGAACCCGUCGCUGCGCCUCCGUCAACUCCGAUGUCCAGGAAGCCAACGCUCGUCUCCGCGUAG